AUAUUGCUCUCUAAUCCCCGUGGAGCUGAGGCUCUGGUUGGCUUACGACUGGGAGGCAGUCUACAGACAACGGAAGCUAACUCUCCUGCCCGCCAAGUUCACUGUCUCCCAAAUAAUGGACAACUACUUGACGUUCAAAGAGUUGAGAGAACCCGUAAACCAGUUGAAAUUUAAGGCGCUAGUGAAACAAACAAACAACUUAAAGGCUCACUUUAAUAUGACGCUUUCAAAACUCCUGUAUAAAUUUGAAAGGUCCCAGUACAGUGUAAUGGUAAAGGAGUUCCCAGACACGGCCAUGUCAGAAGUAUACGGCGGUAUACACCUUCUGAGACUGUUCGUCAAGUUGAGCCGCGUGCGACCAUUCUCCUGCACCGCACCAAACAAGAAGGCACUGAAGUUACCAGUAGUGCUCGCUUAUGUACAGGAUUUCUCCAAUUACUUGUGUGAUAAUUGGUCCACAUUCUUCAGUAUGCAGGACUAUGAAGAUGCUUCACUAGAAUAUCUAAUGGAGUAUAAGCACGCUAGCGUAGAGGCGCGUACCGCGUAUCGCGUAGUGGCGUUGCUACGGCGUGCGGCGUGCAUGGUGUCGCAUACAGCGGCGCAGAUAGCGUGCGUGCUGACGAAGGUCCACCGGUUGCUCGCGAGGAGGGUCGCUCGGGCCCGCGAGCUCGCUCAGUACCGCUCCAAGUUGGCAGGCAAAGUUUGUGCGGCGUGGAUCGCCACCCGCCACCCCAUCGAUCGAAGUGGCGGCGCGCGCACCUCCCUGUGCUGA